AUGUUCUAUUGGAAGUGCAUUUUAAUUUCCAGUAUUUUUUCCAUGGCUCAAGGACGAGGGCAGGGAUUCGGGACGGGAGAACAGCAUUGGGACUAUGUGGAGGUACGUGAAGGUGCCCACAUGUUCUAUUGGCUCUAUUACACCACGGCCAAUGUCAGCAACUAUACGGAACGUCCUCUAAUUAUUUGGUUACAAGGUGGUCCAGGGGGACCAUCCACAGGACUUGGAAACUUCUACGAGCUAGGACCAGUGGAUAUACAUGGAAAUAUCCGAGAGGGCAAUUUCGUACAGCAUGUAAAUGUGUUGUUCAUCGAUAGUCCUGUGGGAGCAGGAUACAGCUAUGUCGAUAAUACUAGUCUUCUAGUCACCAAUAACAAUGAACUGACGAAUGAUCUAGUGUCCUUCAUGGAACAUUUUUAUAAAAACCACAAUGAAUUUAAGACAGUUCCACUGCAUAUUUUUUCGGAGAGCUAUGGAGGUGUUAUGGUUCCAGAGUUUGCUCGUAAAUUUGAUUUGGCUUUGAAGAAUGGCACAAUGGCGCAGCCUUAUCUAUUAAAGUCAAUAUCCAUCGGUAAUCCAUGGAUAUCCCCCAUGCAUACUAUUAAAGAACAUUCUCGAUAUCUAUUCGUAAAUGGUUUAAUAGAUGAAGAUGGAGUGGCCUUGCUUGAUGCUCAGCUAAAAAAAAUCAAGGAAUUUGAUAAAGAUACUGAGUCGGAAUGGUUUGAACUUAUUGACAAUCUUACCAGUAGUACAAGUUUAUAUAAUACACAUUUUAGCGUGGAUUUUACAGAAGCGUAUGCGUAUGGGUACUCAAAAAAUUUGGUGAAAUUCAUGGCGAGAAACAUUAGCGAGCAAUUGAAAAUAAAUGGCAGUGUCUACGGUUCACAAAUAAAUGACCUAAUUAAUAAGUUUGAUUUUAAAAUAACGAGAUAUAUAAAUACGAUUCCUCGUCUUUUGAACGAGACGGCGAUUAAGGUGAACAUAUUUUCCGGUGAAUUGGAUAUAAUGUGUAACACGGAAGGCACCUUGGCACUCAUUAACGACUGGGAAUGGCGAAAUAAGAAAGAAUAUCUUCAAGCUUCAAGAAAACCAAUUAAUAUUAAUGGAAGCUUACAGGGUUACGAAAAAAUUGGCAGCAAUUUUGCAAUGUACUGGAUCAAUCAUGCUGGACAUAUGGUCGCAAGUGAAAGUCCCACAGCCAUGCAAUAUAUUUUAAAAGCUGUUACCCAGUACGAUGAUUAAAGAUUAAUCUGAAAACAAAUAUUCUAAUUUCCUUAAUCGUUAAAUGUUUUUUAAAUAUUUCUACUCUAUUUCUGAAGUACACUAAUAAAUUGGCAUUAAAAUUA